AUGCUUGCGGGCGUCCCUCCUUUCCACGACGAUGAUGAUCUGGAGUUGAUGAAGAAGGUGAAGAGAGGGAAGUGGUCCUUCACCCCGGAGAAGGCUUGGAAGCGUGUCUCUGCGGUGGGCAAAGAGCUGGGUGCCUCAGAUUGCCCCAGCUUGCUGGGAGUCGCAUGGUGUCGGGGUAUUGCGGGAGAGCUGAAGAACUAUCCUUGGUGCAACGGAUUGUCUCCAGUAUGUGAUGGUUUGAUAUGGUUUGCAUUUUCUCCGAGUAGGCCAGGCCCGCGAGCACCUGGAGCUUUGUAA